AUGGCACCGACGACAUUGCAACAUCGACGUACACACAAUCUACUGCUGAUAUCGAAACUAUUGUCACAACGGGAGAACGUAUCUCCAUUUACCUUGAUCGUGGACAACCUGGAGCAAUCUGGGAAACCUGUGCUCCGAGAAUAUAUUCGUCGUGCUACGAUAGCAAAGACUGAAGUCAUUUUCGUCUCGUUCGAGACUUUGAAGAAGCCGAAAGACAUUGGUGUCUUUGUCAAGGCUUGGGAGAAUGGUGUGCAGCAAGCUCAGAAGGAGGUUGGUACAUUAAUCGCAAAGGCGACGCAGACACAGCAACGCAAACUCUUGAUUAUCGACAACCUAAACACACUGGCCUCAGAUCCGUCAACAUCGGCGAAUUUGCCAGGACUUUUGUCUUCUUUCCUCUCGCCUACAGUGUCGUUGGUGGCAGUCUACCAUGCUGAUAUUCCCAUCCCACCUAGCAUCGCUUCGACAUCACCUUAUACCCCUCAACCACUCACAGUACUAAAAUAUCUAGCCACGACCAUCCUGACUACUCACGCACUAAACCACAUUCUCGCGGCAAAAGCGGCUCGUGAGCGUAGUGUAGCUGGACCUGUCUUUGGACUAGCAGAGGAAGCAGAAGGUGUACUUCUCGGUCUCGGCGGUAACUCGCCCUCAGGACUGGUCUUGGAGAUGGAGUACCGUCGCAAGUCUGGACGUGGCGUAAGAGAGUGGUAUUUCCUUCCCCAUCCCUCUCUGCAAAAGCAAGAACCCGUGGGAGUGAAGAACAGAUUCAGCGAGACUGUCAUGUUGUUGGAGGACCAUGUGUUGUACCGCAGACCGACGGAGGAGAAGGAGCAGGCUGGAGAUGAUAUGGACGUCACGUUUGAGCUGGGGCUCACAGACAGGCAAAGGCAGGCUAGAGAGGGCGUUGUGUUACCUUACUUUGAUGCACAGAAAGGCGGCGGCGAGGGUGGUAGGAUCCUGUAUGAUAUGGGCGAGGAGGAUGACUUUGAUGAAGAAGAGGACGAGAUUUGA